GGUGCUGCACAGAGUGGGACACAGCCGCUCUGAAGCUCGGCCUUCUGGCUGUGAACAGGAUGAAGAUCUGAAACCCCUGAGGACACCAGAGCGGGACAAAGAUGCAGAAGACGAUACUGAAGACCAGGUGGGUGUGUCCUGUACUGACGAGGACCAGGUACCCCAGGGUCCAGGACAGACCCAGAACCACGGCCAGAGAGAAGCUGAUGAGGAACUUCUUCCUGAGAGGCGAAGGCUUGGUGCUGCACAACAGAACAGGCUGGCUCCUGUACAUCACAGAGCCAGUGCUACAUCUCUGCUCCCACAGGCUGUGACCUCAGGUCAGACCAGCUUCCUGUGAGUAUCCAGGGUUCUUCUAAUCACAGGACCAGUUGGGGUCAUGCUGUCGUCUUUGACAUGGGACUUAGUGUUCAUGUGACUCACCGGAGCCGAGGGCUCUUACCCAGAGUGAAGACGAGGAGCAGCCAGGCAUCCAUGUUGGCUCAGUGCCGCAGGUCGGAGACGUUGGACAGGUUGCACUGACUGAAUGGCCACAUUCUGCUGAGCCGCAGCAUUUGAGCUGAGCCUGGGAGGCGUGUCGGAAAAGUUAUUAAACAGCACAGCAGUUCAAAGUUCACCAUUAGCUGUGGGACACUGCAGAAUGUAACGGCUUAUUGUUUCACUUUGCUGCAGCUCUUUACUGCUGGUUGUACAUCGCCUGUGGACCACACUCACCUGUAUGACAGGUGACAUGUUCAUAAACAGGUGCUGUCCAGCUGACGGUGAUGAUGAGGAUGAGAAGGGGGAGCCACAGCACCAGGAGUGCCAGCUGCUCAGCCCACUAACUGAAGCUGCGAGCCAGCGUGUGUCCAGAGGGCUGGGAGCUGGGAGCUGCACAGCGGUUAAUGAUUGAACACCCCUUGGCUCAUGGUGAAACAGCAGGGGGGCUUGCAGACUGAGGUCUAGCUGCUGCGCCUGUUGUUCAGUCUGCAGACGCCAUGGCUCAGCUGGUGGAGUGUGUCCCCAACUUCUCCGAGGGCCGGAACAAAGAGGUGAUCGAUGCCAUCGGUGCCGCCAUCUCUGGCACCGCCGGCUGCAGCCUGCUGGACGUAGACCCCGGGGCCUCCACCAACCGCACUGUGUACACCUUCGUGGGCUCUCCUGAGGCGGUGGUGGAGGGCGCUCUGAGCGCCGCCCAGCAGGCCUUCAGCCUCAUCGACAUGAGCAGACACUCAGGUGAGCACCCUCGGACUGGAGCGAUGGACGUCUGUCCCUUCAUCCCCGUCCAGAACGUCAGCAUGGAUGACUGCAUCCGCUGCGCCAACGUCUUCGGACAGAGGCUGGCAGAGAUGCUGCGCGUGCCCGUGUAUCUGUAUGGAGAAGCAGCUCGAAGAGAGUCCAGGAGGAGUCUCCCGUCUGUGAGAGCCGGAGAAUAUGAAGCCUUACCUGAGAAGCUGAAACAUGACGAGUGGACCCCGGACUUCGGCCCCGCACUCUUCGUCCCAUCCUGGGGGGCCACGGUCACCGGUGCACGCAAGUUCCUCAUUGCCUACAACGUGAACCUGAUCAGCACCAAAGAACAGGCUCAUCGCGUUGCACUGGACGUCAGGGAGCAAGGCCGUGGGAAGGACCAGCCUGGGCUGCUGAAGAAGGUGCAGGCCAUGGGCUGGUACCUGGAUGAGGCCAACCUGGCUCAGGUGUCCACCAACAUCCUGGACUUCGAGCUGACCCCCCUUCACACCGUGUACGAAGAGAUCUGCAGGGACGCUGAGGUGCUGAAGCUGCCAGUGGUCGGCUCUCAGAUCGUGGGUCUGAUCCCUCUCAAGGCUCUGCUGGACUCUGCAGACUUCUACAUCCACAGGGACGAACUCUUCAUCAUCAAAGAGGAGCACAAAGUGCGACUGGUGAUCAGUAAACUGGGCCUGGACUCUCUGGCGCCGUUCAACCCCCAGGAGAGAAUCAUUGAGUACAUGGUGAGGUCACAGGAGGACAGUCGGCUCGUGUCUCUGUCUCUGCAGCAGUUCGUCCACAGGGUCGGCGCUCGGACGGCGGCUCCCGGAGGAGGAUCAGUGUCGGCUGCUGUCGCUGCUCUGGGGGCAGCGCUGGGGGCCAUGGUGGGCCAGAUGACAUAUGGGAAGAGGCAGUUUGAGAAGCUGGAUGGUGUGAUGAGGAGACUGAUCCCUCCGUUUCAUCAGGCCAUGAGCGAACUGCUGCACAUGGUGGAUGCCGACUCCUCGGCCUUCAACAGCUACAUGGCGGCGCUGAAACUGCCAAAGAGCACAGCAGAGGAUGUUCAGCGGAGAGAAGCUGCCAUGCAGGAGGGCCUGCAGCGAGCCGUGGCCGUCCCUCUGGCUCUGGCUGAGAGGGUCAGCAUCCUGUGGCCAUUGCUGAAGGAGAUGGUCGAGUACGGAAACAUCGCCUGCAAGUCCGACGCUCAGGUCGCAGCUAAAGCUCUGGAGACAGCUGUGUUCGGAGCAUACUUCAAUGUCACGAUCAACCUCAAAGACGUCACCGACAAGGACUUCAAAAUGGCCACUGAGAAGAGAGUGGCAGCAUUGCUGCAGGAGGCGAAGGAUAGUGCUGCCGCCAUCCUCGACGCUGCCAAGAGAAGAAAGUGAAAUAGGUUUAAUGACGUGAACAAAAACACCCUAUGCUGUUAACUGUGAACGAUUCAGUGUGAAAAAAGACUGCAUGAAGUUGGUGAUGGAAAAUAAAGUAUUUGACA